GGUAGCUGGGAUUUUUAUAACAUAGUAAAACAACUAGAUAAAUAUACAUUCUGGGAAAAAAAGAAUUACUUGGUGUCAAUCUGAGUGUCCCUAUUAACCGCGUUUACCAUCGUUUGUCCCCAAGUUUUGUGUGAAUUCGAGAUUCUUCCAGGAUUUCGAUCGGUAACUCAUGCUCGAGUUUUUUGGCGGAAGAAGUCGCGAUCAUUCCAGCUCGUUUGUCUCAGCUCGUUUCACACAAAAAGAACAAACAUCUUAUUCUUCUUCUUCAUCCUUGAAUGCAAGCAGAUGUGUAAAGGAGAAAGAAGAAGAAACGCUUCAAUUUUCAAAUAAGAGAAAAGUUUCUUCAAAGAAAGAAAGAGACGCUUCAAGUUUCAGACAUCCUCGACCAAAUCAAAAACAUAAACACAAAAUUAAUCUGGAAGAAUCUGAGCCGUUGAUCAAAGAUAAUAAGAUGAAAUCGUGGCCUUUGGAUUCAAAGCCAGCUGUACAGGAAAAGGAACCUUCCAAGAAAUUCAUCUCACGUGAUGAACAUGUGAGGGAAUAAAUUUGUUAGUUUUGUACAAAUUAGAGAAAGACAUGUGUAUAGUUUGUUAUUUUAUUUUAUUUUGUUUUUCAUUUAAUUUCAGUAGUAAAAGUGUUUGUAUAUAUACAGAGUAUUGAAGGAAAUAAAUCAUCAGAAAAUUUCCCAAUUUCUCUUA